UAAAAAAACAGUCCCACCUUUCCGAUGACACAUGAAGGUAACAAAACUUCAACUUCAGCCUAAAGCUGCCAUGCAUUUCCUGAACGCGCUGCGCCUGUCAAACUCUGCUCAACUGAUGGUCAAAAGUACAGAUGUGGCGAAGAAGGUUUUCAUCGUGCAACCAGCAUGCUGUUUGGGCACGAAAUCAAUAACUCAGUUUCAGAGACGAUCCCCUGCACUACGCGAUCGUUUGCAUCUGAAAAUGAAUAUGCAUUCAAAGCCAUCUGGUUCCGGAGUGGAAAACAUGCUUUUCUACACCAUCACAGAGGGAAAAGAGCAAGUGCCCAUCUCACACUUUACAGCAGCACUGAAAAAAAAUGGCCUUCACCCAUCCGAUCCUCGCCUUAAAGACUGCAUGGAGAAGCUCCGAAAGGCCGUGAAGGAAUCUGUUGGCGAGGUGAUGAUGGACAAAGACCUUUUCCACAGAUGUGUAGGAGGAAACAUUGUUCUGCUAAUCCAGGCCUUCAGGAAGAAGUUUAUCAUCCCUGAGUUUGACCUGUUUGUACAGAAAAUAAAUGAAAUCUACGAAAAAGUGCAGAAGCAAAGUGAUGGGAAGGUUGCAGACUACAUUCCCCAACUGGCUAAAUUCAGCCCAGAGCUAUGGGGUGUGUCUUUGUGUACAGUUGACGGACAGAGGCACUCAGUAGGCCACACCAAACAGCCGUUUUGCCUGCAGUCCUGCGUGAAGCCCCUGCAGUAUGCCAUUGCCGUACAUGAGUCAGAAACUGAGAAGGUUCACCGCUAUGUUGGCAUGGAGCCCAGUGGACUCAAGUUCAAUGUGCUUUCACUUGAUGAUGAAGAUAAGCCCCAUAAUCCCAUGGUGAAUGCUGGAGCCAUUUUGAUCAGCUCUCUUAUCAAGCCUCACUCAAAUAAGGCAGAAAAGUUUGACUAUGUUAUGGAGUUUGUGAAAAAGAUGGCUGGCCAAGAAUAUGUAGGAUUCAGCAAUGCCACGUUCCAGUCAGAAAAAGAAACAGGCGACAGGAAUUUUGCCAUCGGAUACUACAUGAAAGAGAAGAAGUGUUUUCCUCUGGGAGCAGAUAUGAUCGAUGCCCUUGACUUCUACUUCCAGCUUUGCUCCAUUGAGGUAACCUGUGAGUCAGGAAGCAUCAUGGCUGCCACUCUGGCCAAUGGGGGAAUUUGCCCAAUUACAGGCGAGCGUGUCCUGAGUACUGAGGCUGUGCGAAACACCCUGAGCCUCAUGCACUCCUGUGGCAUGUAUGACUUCUCCGGCCAGAUGGCUUUUCAUGUGGGCUUGCCUGCAAAAUCAGGAGUAUCCGGUGCAAUUCUGUUGGUGAUCCCCAAUGUGAUGGGAGUGAUGUGCUGGUCUCCUCCACUGGACAGGGUUGGAAAUAGUGUCCGAGGAAUACACUUCUGUCAGGAACUUGUGUCAGUGUUCAAUUUUCACAAUUACGACAACUUGAGGCACUUUGUAAAGAAACAGGACCCUCGCAGACAGGAUGGAGAUGACAGGAACAAGUCUGUUUUCAACUUGUUGUUUGCUGCCUACAGUGGAGAUGUAUCGGCACUGAGAAGAUUUGCACUUUCUUCCAUGGACAUGGACCUCAAAGACUAUGAUUCUCGAACAGCGCUUCAUGUUGCUGCAGCUGAGGGUCACAUGGAUGUAGUAAAAUUCCUCACUGAAACCUGCAAAGUUGAUCCAUUUGUAGAAGACAGGUGGGGGAAUCUACCGGUCGAUGAUGCCAUGCAAUUUGGGCAUGACGAGCUAGUGAAGGUGCUCAAAGAUUACCAGCAAGAGUGCAGGCAGCAGGAAAAGAAGCAAAGUGAAGCUGUGCAUCCCCAGAAGCUUGACACCAUUGAUGGCAUGAUUGCCCUGGACCUGACCAGAAUGAGAGUGGGUCACGGUGUUGGAUUGGACGGUGUGUGUAUCUUGUUCUGGACUCUACGAAGAGGUGCUUGACGUGUGUUUCCCUGACCCUCUCUUGGAAUCCCCGGAACACUGUCACUCUGUAUAUGUAAAUAUUUCACUGGUGUUGUAUAUAAAUCCCCUUUUGACUGCACAGUUCAGAGUCCUGUCAUUGAGCCCUGCUUCAGUAACAGUGAGAUGUAGCAACAGUCAGUGAGAUGACUCAUGAGAACAUAACACAAAGUUUGUAUUCACAGUAGCUUACCCCUGACAGUGUGUUAAAUUGAGAGGUGAACAUUCUUCAUCACAAGAAUGUGAUUAAUCAAGCGCAAAAAAUGAUGAAUAUGUGUAAUUAGCGAACUGUUUUUCAUUAAGAUGAGGAACGUAACCCUCUUGCAGAGAUAUUACAGAUACGCUGACCUUUGGAAUUAGUUCCACCAACUGAGAAAAUGGUUAAAAAAUGUUAUGCAUUAAUUCUGUGUUGAUUAACUUGUGUAUUAAUUUCUAAUAUGUUUGCUAAUCUUGUCCACAUAUCACAAAGAGAUGUGCACAGAUUUUUAAAUAUUCACAGAGGCAUGAAAGCAUUUCUGUUAAAGAAUUGGGGAUUUAUGAAACAUUAGACAACACAAAUCUAAAUAGACUUUAAAAAGUGCAUUAAGCUAAAACUUAAUCACCAAUUUACCUUUAGUAUUAUAUAUAAUAUAAUGCAAUUAUAGAAUGAAACCCAUACUAAAACCACAGGAUAACCUUUUGAGCUUGUAACAACAGAAACAGACAGUCUUGUUCUGGUCUUCUGAAGUUUUCAACCACAUCACACAGGCAGCACAUUAAAAUCAUCCAUGUGUCAGCUGACAUCACUCGUUCAGUUCGGGCUUGCACACCAGCAGUUCUUUCACAGUUGCACAACUAUUAGGUUCAUGGUUGGUGAUACAUCUGGAUUGUCAAACUCUUCUACUGGGACAUAUGGACAUCUACACUUUUAGUGGUAGUUGUCAUGAAGCUGUUGCCAUUAUGAUGCAAUACUUACAGCUUAUAGCUUUUCACAUUUAAGCUGCAGUUUGCUGCAGUCUCCCUCACUCAUUCUUUCUCCACAGACAAGUUGAUAUAUUCUUGUACACAAGCAGUGUUUACUGAAUCCAUGAGAGGUCAAAGAUGAAAAAAUUACAUUUUAAAUGAAAUCACGACACAGGGUGUCCUUUUGCUAUGAUUGCUGUGUAGUAAAGAUUGUAGGUCUUUUGAUUUCAGUAUGUGUGUUAACAAACUUUAAAAUAUCAGAAAACAGUAGUCUGCUAUAGUAAAAUCAAUACCCAACUUCUCCACUUCUCCAUUCCAACUUACAUGUUAGACGGAGUGCAUACUGUACAUGAUGAGGUUGU